ACCGUCCCCUGUAAGGUGGCGGCCCGUGUGCUGCGAGGAGAUAAACAUGGAGAUUUCAACGAAGAGGCGUUUGCGUCCAAAGGAGAGAUCAACGGCAUGUCUCCAGCCACGGUUAUGGCCGUCGGUGCCGCUCAAUUGGCUCUUGAGGAUUGCGGAUGGUUUCCCAGAAGCCCUGAGGAGCAGCUGAGCACCGGUGUGGCGGUCGGGAUGGGUAUGGUGUCUCUGGAGGAAAUCGCUCGGACGGCCUCGGCCUUUCAAACGCGCGGCUACAGCAAAGUCAGUCCGUUUUUCGUCCCUCGCAUCCUGGUCAACAUGGCCGCAGGACACAUAAGCAUCAAA